AUGACCAGUGAGUUAAAAAAAGUUUCCCUGGUGUUGGUCACAGGAGCUUCUGGUUAUGUUGCUUCCCACAUAGUCCGUUUGUUGCUACAAAAAGGCUACAAAGUUAGAGGAACGGUGAGAAGUCUUACGGACGAACAAAAGGUUAAGCCACUAAAUGACCUUUAUCAAAAUUCGCGGUUUCCAUUGCAAUUAGUCGAAGUUAAUCUUCUCAAUAAAGAUGGAUGGGACGAUGCCCUAAAGAGCUGCGAGUUCGUUAUACACGUUGCAUCUCCAUUCCCAAGUAAGCCCCCAUCUCAAGAAGAAGAAGUUUUGAAGCCCGCUGUUGACGGAACCCUAUUGGUCCUCAAGGCUUGUGCUCGAGCCGGUAGUGUUCGACGAGUGGUUCUGACCAGCUCUGUUGCUGCUGUUCAUGGUGAAACCACGGUGAAGGAGGAACAAGUAUAUGGACCUCAAAAUUGGACUGAUGAAGAUUCUCCAUUCACAGAUGCUUAUGCUAAGAGCAAAACGUUAGCGGAGAAGACAGCUUGGGAUUUUGUAAGGGGUCUUCCUGAAGAGCAAAGGUUCGAACUAGUGUCCAUCAACCCGGGUAUCGUUCUAGGACCUAUGUUGACAAAUGUUGUCGGUACUAGCGUCUUUCCAAUAAGGAAGAUGAUGAGCAUGACAAUGCCAUUAGUUCCAGCUGUUAACUUUUAUCUGUGUGAUGUCCGAGACGUGGCCCUCGCUCAUUGGAAAGCUAUCACUGUACCAGAAGCCGCGGGUAAAAGGUUUAUCAUUGGAAGUGCAUCCAUUUGGUUCAAGGAGAUGUCCCUCAUUCUCUUCGAAGAGUUUGUAAAACAGGGCUACUGGGUGUUUCGUCGCCACUGUCCCUAUUGGCUGGUCUGGUUGACGAGCUUCAUAGAUUCGUCUGCUCUUUUGAUAUUACCUCGGAUUGAGAAUGUGUAUAAAUACGACAACAGUCUGAUGAUCAAUCUCCUGAAAAUAACUCCGAGGAACUUUAAACAGACCAUUAUUGACACAGCUUACAGUUUAAUCGAAAGAGGACUUCUUCCCAAAAGAAAAUGGUAUACUGGUCCAAAAGAACGAGAUAGCUGGUGA